AGGCUUCACUCAACGUAGUACGUCCGUAGUUCUUGUGUUUUCCUCCGGUGGUGGCUAAUGGCUAGUUAACGCACAACGAUUUAUUGUGCUCUCAUCUGUCGAAAACAUGUCCGUUGUGGAAUCGGUUACGUUCUAUGGUGUAUUUAUCAAGUAGAAAUCCAUAUUGUGUUUACCCCCUCUAGUCUUUGUUUGUUAUUGAACGAUUCGUAGUUAGCUUUUAGCCUGUGAAGCUACAUGGAAGGCAGCGCGAGUGUGAGGAGAGCGCUGUCUGGGACCCUCGUCCCUGUAACGGUAACAACAGUGGCUCUGCGGCAGCCAUCUGAAGACAAAGAGACCGACAAGCCGAAGAGAAAUGUCCUCGAUGAAGUGCAAUAUAUUGAGAGUUUAGAGAAGAUCAUCCAAAGGGAUUUCUUCCCAGAUGUGACAAAAUUGCAAGCACAGAAGGAAUAUCUGGAAGCAGAGGAAAAUGGAGACCUCGAGAGGAUGAGAGACAUAUCCAUUCGAUAUGGAUCAUCUUUGACAAAAUCUACACCGCGAUCGUCUGCCCCUUAUGUUACUCCGGCUAGUUUUGAGACACCUGUGGGCCAGUCAGGAUCUCCAUCCUCGAUUCGUGGCAAUAAAGGUUUAGAUGGAGAUUACAAAGAUGAAGACAAGGAAGAAAAAGAGCUUCCCUCCCUGGAUCGUUUCCUUGUUAAAAAUACCAGUGAGGAUAAUGCAUCAUUUGAACAGAUAAUGGAUCUGGCUGAAGACAAGGAGAAACUGAGACAUUCCUGGUUAUAUGAAGCUGAGGCCGAAUUCAAACAGCGCCAUGAGGAGAACCUUGCUUUACUAGCACCGGAGAAGGCAGCACUUGAAUGUAUCAAAGCUGGACUGGAGACAUGGGAGUACAAAGCAAAGAAUGCCUUGAUGUAUUAUCCAGAGGGUGUUAAAGACGAUGACACUCUCUUUAAGAAGCCAAGGGAGAUAAUUCACAAAAACACACGUUUUGUUGGAGACCCGUUCAGCAAAGCGCUCAACAAAAGCCAGAUUCAACAGGCUGCGGCUCUCAAUGCACAGUUCAAACAGGGUAAAGUAGGCCCUGAUGGGAAAGAGCUCAUCCCACAUGACUCUCCAACAGUGAAUGGAUAUGGUUUUGAGGGAACACCUUCUCAUGCCCCUGGUGUGGCUGAGUCACCUCUGAUGACCUGGGGUGAGAUUGAAAGUACUCCAUUUCGACUGGAUGGAUCAGACUCACCGUAUGUUGAGAGGAAUCAUGGUCCAUCAUUUAAGAUUCCAGAACCUGGACGACGAGAGAGGCUGGGUAUAAAGAUGGCGAAUGAAGCUGCUGCCAAAAAUCGUGCCAAAAAGCAGGAGGCUUUACGAAAGGUCACAGAGAACCUUGCAAGUCUUACACCUAAAGGUCUGAGCCCGGCCCUGUCCCCCGCCCUGCAGAGACUCGUUAAUCGGACGUCUAGCAAAUACACGGACAAAGCGCUCAGAGCAAGUUACACCCCAUCUCCCUCACACAGAGUCCUUGGUUCCAAGUCUCCCUUUGGUGACCUAUCUACUCCAUCAGGAACACCAACACCAACCAAAGCCAAGACGCCGAGCUCUCAGGAUGUUACAUCACUCACAGACGAUCUCCUGCAACUUCCCAAGAGAAGAAAAGCCUCAGACUUUUUCUAAGUGGGAGGAGCUGCUUUCUGCUGCAACUGUACAUAACAUUAUUGUAAUGUGGAGAACUUUACAGGAAGCUUCACAUCACAUUUUUACAUUAUUUUAGCUGGAUGAUUUAAUUAAAAAAAAUGGUUUAUCUAGAUCCCAGUGAAAUAUUGUUUUUUGAUGUAUUUAUUUUUGUUAUCCCUGCCAGAACUCAUUAACACACGCUUAGUUGAAUUUUAAAUGUAUUUAUUAUCAUUCUUUCUGAGAUUUAAACAUCCAGUUCUUAGUUCUUGGAACAGUGAGUGUCUAUCAUUUUUAAUUAAUUAAACACACUUAGGCAUAUUCAGACACUUAAGUGUUUAAGCUCCACCCACAAAUACAGCACAUAUACGCGGCUUGUGGUUUGAGGUUACGGGGAACCCUGCUGCUGUUUUUUAUAAAUCCAAGUGAGGUCUGGUGUGAGAGAAAUUCGGCACACUUGCUGCAGCUUUAUUUUUCUAAAAGAGUACUUGUUGAUAAUGCAUUGAAACAAAGAUUUGGCAGAUUUUGAGUCUUGAGUUGCUUGCGUUGCAAUACGUGGAUAUUCCUUUGUUAUUAGUUCUGUUGAUGUUUAAUAUACAUAUUUGUUUUCAUAAGAAAUGCUGUCUACUUUCCUUUUGGUCAAAAGCAUUUAAUGGAAAGGUUUGGAUUUUGUUAAGUCUUAAUUGCUUGUGGUGAGAAGUAACAAAAUGUCACAGAUUAGCAACCAAGCGUAUUGCAGCAUCAGCAUAAGAAGUGGAAGGAAAAACUCCUCUGUACCGAAAUAUGUGUUUUAAACCUCAGCGGAAGCAAAUGUGAAACUUCAGCAGUCUUGGUCAAGUGGGUAUAUCAUCUGACAGCACAUACUUUUAAAGACUAAAUUCCACUCUGUGGGAAUGACUUCUUGCUUGGAGUUGUUUGGAUUAAAACUUUUCUUUAUU